GGAAAAUCAUCCUACUGAAAUCAAUAACCAAGAAGAACGUUAUGUUGCCAAAACAACCGCCACGAAGUGCUUUCAAUUCUUGGAAAUCUUAAUUGACCUAGUAGCAACAACUCAACAAAACUUUUCAAAUAUUCUUCCUUGCUCAACCGAUGAUUCUCCUUCAAUUUCUUCAACAGGGAUUGCAUUAGUUUUUAUAAUAUCUAGCAACCUCUUAUCGAAAAUUGAAAACAUCAAUAUCAAGUCUUUAACUUUUGUCGUUAAUGCACCUCAAUAA